AUGGAAACGUCGGAACUACAGGAAAUUUAUAAAAUUUGUGACGCUAUACAGCUAAAACUCUCUUCAUUAACCCUAGCAAAUAAAACCAAAAUAAACUUGAGGAAGAAGAAGCAAAAACACAACAACUAUAAACUACAUAUAAGCACGGUUCAGUAA